GAUGGAUCAUUAAAGAAUGGAUGACACAUCAGUCACUGACCUCACAGAGUCAACAUCCCGACAGUCAGCAAAAGUGGCUGAAUCUGAUUAAGCAGGAAGCAUCAAGCUGACGGACCCCGGCCGUGGAUUUACCUUCCUUUGGUUUAUGUAAAAUCUAAGAAGGAAACACAUGGAUGGAUUUUAUUGAGGAUAUUUGUUCCCAUCCGUGUGCUGUGUUUUCUGGAGGAUAAGAACAACAGGUUACGCUCAAUCCACCACAGAGAGAUGUGGUCAACAGGGUCGCUUUUUUUCUCACACCUUCGGGACUCGAGAUUUAUCAUGAUGCUAUUUUCGUCCGUCGCCCUCCCAAAGUUCCCGGCCAACUGAUUCUGACUGUGACAACAUGUCUCUACCCAAGCGGAGGAGAAUCAGGACUUUUGCCGUGCUCUUUUGCGUUAUUACCUUCACGACGUUCCUGUUCAGUUACACUUUCCGAGACCCCUCGCUCUACUUCUUCAAGUACGCCUUUCACCUGUCGGACAACUUUUUCUCCAAAGGGCCAUGCGCCUGUCAGCAGUGCAUGACGGAGCUGGAGGACGACCCCUGGUUCGCUGAGCACUUCAAUCAGUCCAUCCACCCGCUGAUGACCAGAGAGAACAGCGUCCUCUCUGAUGACACCUUUAAAUGGUGGCAGUGGUUGCAGUCAGAGAGGCAGCCGGCCAACUUCAGUGAAGUGGUGGAGGAGCUGUUCCAAGUCAUCCCUGAUGAGGUGCUCUACAUGGACGCCAGCCCCGAGCGCUGCAGGUCCUGCGCUGUGGUGGGGAACUCUGGGAACCUUAAAGGGUCCCAGUACGGCAGCCUCAUCGACUCCAGUGAUUUCAUCAUAAGAAUGAACCAGGCUCCCACCAGUGGCUUUGAGGAGGAUGUGGGUGCCAGAACAACUCAUCAUGUCAUGUAUCCGGAGAGUGCCAUAGACCUGGACAACAGCACCAGUCUGGUGCUGAUCCCCUUCAAGACUCUGGACCUGCAGUGGAUCAUUAGUGCUCUCACCACAGGCACCAUUAAACACACGUAUUUACCUGUCAUGUCCAGGAUAAGAGCAAACAAAGAUAAGGUGUUGAUUUACAGUCCCACAUUUUUCAAAUACGUGUACGAGUCUUGGCUCGAGGGUCACGGACGAUAUCCUUCAACCGGCUUCCUCAGCUUACUGCUCGCCAUCCACAUAUGUGACAAGGUCAGUGUGUUUGGAUUCGGGGCUGAUCAGUACGGAAACUGGCACCACUACUGGGAGGAGAAUCAUUUGGCCGGAGCUUUCCGUCACACGGGAGUCCAUGAUGGAGAUUACGAAUAUAAUGUCACCCUGCUGCUGGCAGACAAGCACAAAAUCCGAAUGUUUAAAGGCAGAUGAUACCCAGCCCGUAUGUGCAGUGGGCUGACCACCAAAUGAACCCGAGCAGCUUUUUUAAUGUUUAUUUUUCCUUCACCUCGCACUGGAAGAACGUUUUUCAUCGUCAUGAUUUCCAAGAACAUUUUACUUGUCUGUCCAGAUUUCUGUUCUUCACUGAAGCUACUGUUUGAGAAAUCAAACUCCUACUGACAAAGCAACAGUUUUUCUUUGUUCCCGGAGACCGACCGCGACAAGACAGACACAACCACUGCCACUUGUUUCAGGACGUUUUCAUAUUAGGUACAUUUGCUUUGCACCAUGCCUCAGUACCGCCACCUACUGCACGCUGCGAUACAGUAGGUGGCGGUGUGCACCUAGUUGUUUUGCAAUCUGCCAAUAAACACAAAGAAGAAGGAGAGAACACUUGAGUCAUAAACUAAACUAAAGAACAUUUGUUUAUGUUGUCGCUCUGGUGUGGAAAGGCGGUAAAUACUCUCAAAUGAUUCCAUAAAUAUUGGACUUUUUGUGGUAAAUGGACUGCACUUAAUAUAGCGCCUUUCUCGUCUAAGAGACCACUCAAAGCGCUUUACAAUACUUGCCACAUUCACCCAUUUACUCACACCAAUACACACAGUCAUAGAACAGCCAUCAGGGGCAAUUUGCGGUCCAGUAUCUUGGCUUUACACAUCGACACAAAGACUGGAGGAGGCGGGGAUCGAAACCGCUCACCUUCCGAUUAGUGGACGACUCGCUCCUCCUCCUGAGGCGCAGCCACUCCUAAAGUGUGUGUGCGCAGCGUCCCAUAGUGAUGUGUGUGUUUUUCAUCUGCACAAAUUUCAAACAAGCAUAUCCUUUCGGGGUCAGAUGGUAAAUAAUAGUCCAUGUCUGUGUUUUGGUUCAGUAGUUUUCACACAUGAUACGAACCAUGCCUCAGUGCACACAGGGACCCGUGAAUGGUUCGUGGAUCUGUGCUUGGGUACGUUACAGUGUCAAAGCCCCGUCACUCAAAUAACGUCAUGGAGUGACCAGAGAAGAAGACGAGAGACAACGGUCUGGUCGCCAAGCAUGCUAUACAUAAAAAGCUUUAGUAUGUGUACACUCUGUAUGUUCUUUUUUCUUUUAACUGGCAACCAUCGUGGCCACCUGAAGCUUUGUGCGUUAAUGGUCCCUCACACUGACAGCUGUAGUCAGACAAAGUGCCAUAAUUGCUGCGUUGAUGUAAAGACUUAGCGAAGGUGAUUUUUGUACAAAACUCAUCAUUGUCAUUAAUGCAGAGAAAUAUAACCACUGUCUGCUGGUCUAAAAGGUGUAGGCUGCAUUGAAAGCUUUUUACAGUAAGUGCAAAUCGACAGGCUUCACAACAAAACACACCAUCGACUGUGCUGUAAAUAUCCCUUCAGUAUAAAUUCCCACCAAAUGGCAGUGACGGUGUCUUACAUUAUAAGAGAAAAAUCAGUUCUGCUUUCAUCACUCUGGCUGAUUCUGAAUCUCACUACAGAGCUACGCAUCUUGCGUGUCUGACUGAUAGCUCAACAAGGCCGAGGGACACGUAAAAUCAAACCCAAAAUAAGCCUCAAAGAAUAUACACUCAGUGAGCAUUUUAUUAGGAACACCACUGGGUAGAGCCUCCCUUUGCUCUCAAAACAGCCUCAGUUCUCCGUGUCGUUGAUUCCACAAGAUGUUGGAAACUUUUCUUUGAGAUUCUGCUCCUCGUUGACAUGAUCGCGUCACGUCAUUUCUGUGGAUUUGUCGGCUGCACAUUCAUUCUGCCAAUCCCCUGUUCUACCACAUCCCGGAGGUUUUUCUGCUGGAUUCGGGUCUGGAGACCGGGGAGGCCACUGGAGUACACGAUGAUUGAUUUGUAUUAAGGGCCCAAGGUGUGCCAAGAAAUCAUUCCCCACACCGUUACACCACCGCCUCCAGCCUGGACUAUUGACACAAGGCGGGUUGGAUCUAUGGAUUCAUGCUGUUGACACCAAAUCCUGACCCUACCAUCUGCUGUCUCAGCAGAAAUCCACAUUCAUGCCCACUGCAGCCUCUGAUAAAUGUUCUUGGCUGACAGGAGUGAAAACCAAUGUGGUCGUCUGCCGUUGUAGUUGACAUGUUGUGCUUUUCUAAAAGCUCACCACAGUUGUAAAGAGUCUGAGUUACCAUAGCCUUUAUGUCAGCUUUAACCACCUGGCCAUUCCCCUCAUCAACAAGGCCUUUCUGUCCACGAACUGCCAAAUACGAAUGUCCAAAUACCCGAAAAACUAAUCAGUCUUACCUGUACUUUGUGUUUAGCACUAAUUAACAAAUAGUCACAUUCUAAUAUGCUAAACUAAGAUAGUAAACAUGGUAAACAAUUUACCAUAUAGAGUGCUGCAAGGAUGAUGUCAUUUUGUAGUUAGCAUCUGAUUUAGCCACUCGUCAGAAACCUUGCUUGUGUUAACUACAGACUUUAUUUCAGCCAUCUAACCAAAAACCCCAUUGACCAGUGCUUUAUUUAGCGUUGUCAGUUUGAGCAUGUUAGCAUGCUAACAUUAGCAUUUAGCUCAAAGACUCAUAGAGCUGCUAGCAUGUCUGUAUGAUGUAAACUCCCUCCAGGUUGUUAAAAUCAACAGAUCUCCUGAAAAAGUCGAGAGGACAUGACCACAGUUCGGUCAAAGGAAGCUCCUAUCCCUCAUUAACUAUGACCCGUUAGCUUUCAGUGUUACAGUGCAGCUGAGCCUGUGUCACUUUUAGCAUCAAAACUGUUCAAGAAAUCUAAGAUUGAAUAUCAGUGUUAUUCUUUUACUUGCAUGUCUCCUUCCAAACUGAGUCGUUUUGGGGUUGAUUUUUUUUUUUUAAGUGUCUUGGCCUUAAAGGACUUUGCUGAAGACCUGCAACGAGGUGUGGAUUAAGAGGACAGCCAUAGUGAAGUAAUCAGUGAGAUUUUCAUCACUCAGUGUAAAGAAAAAUGAUAGAAAGGUUUUAAAUGCUUGAGGUGUCACACAGACACCAGGUUCUUCAUCAAGUUGUGCACAGUCAUAAAUCAUGGACAGCUGACAUAUGACACAGCCUACACAGGGGUGCCUUAUCAUUACAAUCCACAAUGUACUGCACACUUUUAAUGUACUCUGUGACAUGCAUUUCUAAUGAAAAGUAGGUGUUAAGUGCCUUUAAUUGGAGUUUUUUUAAGACUUAAUUUUACCAUUAAAUUUUACUGCAUUGUAAUUAUCUUUGUUAUUCCUUGAUUUGUCAGUAAACUUUACAAGUUUCUGUUAUUGUUGUGUAAACAGUGUAAAUUUGAAAGAACUAUAUGCAUGAUACAUACAACAAUAUAGCCAUUUAAGAGAUUCUUGUUUGUGCCACAGAAGAAAAUGUUGGGUAUAUACAGUACAUGUAGGGUAGGUAUGUGAAAAACCUUUGGCUUAGCAGUGAGACACAGUGGCGUCUGAAAGUAUUCAGACCUCUUCUCUUCGUGCACACUUUAAUAUCUUGAAGAUUUCAUUUUAAAUAAUUAAAAUUGCCAUUUUUCCCCUCAAGCUUUCAAUCACGACAAAGUAGAAAAACAUGCUUUAGAAUUUGUCUGCAAAUUUAUUAAAAAUCUAAAACUGAAUACUGAAUCAAGGGUCUGAAUACUUUUGUAAAUGGCAGACUUCAAGU